UUGGCGCUUGAAGAGAAGGGGAAAUAAUCUUUGUUUUUGAAAUUUUUCUUUUUUUAAUGUAGUGACGUGCAUGGUGGAGGCGACAUGUCAAACUCAAACAAGAGCAAAAAGGACAAAGAGAUCCUUGCGGACUAUGAGGGCCAAGUGAAAGAUGUGCGAGCCCAGCUGGUGGAGCAGCAGCGCUGCCUGGAGCAGCAGACGGAGAUGCGGGUCCAGCUCCUCCAGGACCUGCAGGACUUCUUCCGCAAGAAGGCCGAGAUCGAGACCGAGUACUCCCGGAACCUGGAGAAGCUGGCCGAGAGGUUCAUGGCCAAGACGCGCAGCACCAAAGACCACCAGCAGUACAAAAAGGACCAGAACCUUCUGUCACCGGUCAACUGCUGGUACCUGCUGCUCAACCAGGUGAGGAGGGAGAGCAAGGACCACGCCACCCUGAGCGACCUCUACUUGAACAAUGUCAUCAGUCGCCUCACGCACAUCAGCGAGGACUCGGCCCGCCUCCUCAAGAGGAGCAAGGAGAUCAUCUUCCAGCUUCAGGAGGAUCUCAUGAAGCUCCUCAACGAGCUCUACACCGUGAUGAAGAGCUACCACAUGUACCACGUGGAGACCAUCAACGCCGAGGGCAAGCUGCGCGAGGCCGAGCGCCAGGAGGGCCGGGCGAAGGGCGCGGGCGCCGCGUCCGAACCCGUGUUCGGAUUGCGCCUCGAGGAACGCCACCAGAGACGCAACGCCGCCCGCAAGAUGGAGAAGAUGCGCGAGAAGAGGAAGGCAAAAUACUCGGAGAACAAAGUGAAGACGCUGAAAGCGCGGAACGAGUACCUGCUGACUCUGGAGGCCACCAACGCCGCCGUCUUCAAGUACUACAUACACGACCUGCCCGACAUCAUCGACUGUUGCGACCUAGGGUACCACUCCAGUCUGAGCCGGGCUCUGAGGACCUACCUGUCGGCCGAACUGAGCCUGGAGGCGUCCCGGCGGGCCGGUCUGGAGGUUCUGGAGGGCGCCGUGGAGGGUCUGGACCCCGCCCGCGACCGCCAACGUCUCCUGGGCCUCUACCCCACUGCCUUCUGCCCGCCGCCGCGCUUCAGCUUCCAGGCCCACAUGGGCGACACGGUGAGCCGGAUCGCCUCCCAGCCGCAGGUGCAGGCGGAGCUCGCCCUGCGCCUCACGCAGCUGCAGACCCGGCUGGCCUCGCUGAAAAUCGAGAACGAAGAGGUGAAGAAGACGUGGGGGGCCACUCUGACCACGCUGCAGGACAUGACGGUGCUGGACGACUACGACGUCUCGCAGAGCUUCGCCCACAGCCCGUCGUCCGAGUCGGUCAAGUCCAGCGUGUCGGACGGCUACCUGAACAAACCCAGCCUGGCCAAGAGACGAGCCAACCAGCAGGAGACGGAGCUCUUCUACUUCACGGUGGGACGCGAGUUACGGUCGCGCGAAGACGACGCCGAGACAAACAAACGUCUUCUUGUCUGGCAGAAGUUCCGCGAGUACCUGGAGGGGAGCAACCUGGUCUCCAAGCUGCAAGCCAAACAUGACAUCCUGAAGAAAGCCAUAGCAGAAGGCUACAAAGCGGAGCUCCUCACCACCAGUCGCGGACGGAAGAACUCGCACAGCAAGCAUCAGGACUCAACCAAAGCCAUACCCCUGCUGGUGGAGAGCUGCAUCCGCUACAUCAACCUCCACGGCCUCCAGCAUCAAGGCAUAUUCCGGGUGUCCGGUUCUCAGGUGGAGGUCAACGACAUCAAGAACUCCUUCGAGAGAGGUAACGACCCGCUGAUCGACCAGGAAAGCAACCACGACAUCAACUCGGUGGCCGGCGUCUUGAAGCUGUACUUCCGCGGCCUGGAGAACCCGCUCUUCCCCGGCGACAGGUUCAACGACCUCAUCGCCUGCGUCCGAAUGGAGAACCUGUACGAGCGAGCGCAGUGCAUCCAAAAGAUCCUCGUGGCCGUUCCGAGGGCCACGCUGGUGGUGAUGCGUUACCUCUUCGCCUUCCUCAACCAUCUGUCCAAGUACAGCGACGAGAACAUGAUGGACGCCGGCAACUUGGCCAUCGUGUUCGGGCCCACCCUGCUGCCCACGCCGGACUCUCUGGACCAGGUGGCGUGCCAGGCGCACGUCAACGAGGUGGUCAAGACCGUCAUCCUGCACCACGACAACAUCUUCCCCGAUGCCAAGGAGCUGCCGGGGCCGCUCUACGAGACCUGCAUGACCGGCGAGCAGUACUGCGAGAGUCCGUUCAGCGAGCCGGGCGCUCUGGAGGAGACUGAGCCGGACGCCGGCACCGAGACUCAGACCAGUGAUGAGGAUUUGAACGCGGUCUCCCUCGCAGAGGGCGAGGCGGCGGAGGCGGUGGCGAGGUUCGACUACGUGGGCCGAUCGGGCCGCGAGCUGUCCUUCAAGAAGGGCGCCACGCUGCAGCUCUACCGGCGCGCCUCGCACGACUGGUGGGAAGGCCGGUGCAACGGCAGCCGCGGCCUGGUGCCGCAUCAGUACAUCGCGGUGAAGGACAGGGGCGACGCCACGUCAGACACGCUGAGCCAAAAAGCCGACAGCGACGGCGGAAGCAGCAGCACCGAGGACAAGAGGUCCACCCGAGAUCUGCGCUCGCCCACCGACAUCCUACCGCCCGAGUCCUACCACAGGAGGAAGCGGACCGAGGGUUUAUUCCGCCGUCCCCUGGGCCGCUCCAACGACUGCCACGGCAACGGGGUGGCGAUGGAGCGCAGUUCGCCCCCGGUGACGGGUCACUUCAGCCCUAGGGACCUGCUGCUGGGGCGCGGCCGGGGCCCGACGCCGCCCCCGGACAGCCCCGAGCGCCGGCGCCGCUCGGCCGCCGGCGCCGUGACGUCGAGCCGCCGCGACUCGCUGCGGAGGCCCGAGGACACGCCCGUCCGCCGCACCAGCGGCGGCCGUUGCGGCUUCGACUCGCAUCGGUCCAGGGCCGUGGACCCCGGCACGCUGGCUCAGGACAUCGAGGAGACGGUGAGCGCGGUCCUGGGGGACCUCCGGCACCCGGACCGUCAGGGCCGCAGGCCGGCUCCGGACGUGGUCCUGGACACCCUGGAGCAGGUGAAGAACGGCCCCCCGGCCCCUUGCUCCUCCGAGUCCCCGAGCCCCCACAGCACUCCCAGCACGCCGGGCACCCCCGGCACCCCGAGCCCUCUGAGCCCCCUGAGCCCCGUCAGCCCUCUGCCGGGACCCCCGCCCAGGCCGGCCAACCCGUCCCCGGACACCCCGGGCUCCUUCGAGCCCGCGGCGGCCGCUCGGACGGGGGUCCCGCCGAGGCCCCCCGCACUGAGGCCCAAACCCGCCGUGCCGCCCAAGAGCGGCACCCCGCCUCUGCCCCCGCCGCUCGACAAAUCCUGCACCAUGUGAGCCAGACCGGGCCCGCGACAAGUGGGCCAGUCGAGGACAACAGGGUAGCGCCCGACAUUUUGAGGGUCGAAACUAGGACGAGUGAGUUUGAAAGUCAUCCCGCGUCCAAUUUUUGAGAAGAACAAGAAUAAGAAAUGAAACUAGAGAAUGCGAUUUGCGUAGAAAUUGUGUGUGAAUGCUGAAGAGCUGACGCAGAACCGAAAUGCAGUCCAAGUAAGCGAAAUGUCGGAGGUGGACAAUGCGAGAAUUGGCACAUUUUUUAAUACCGACUUUGAGCGCAGCGAGUUUCAUUCGUCCUGUGACUGCGCUCGGAACGCAAAUCACUUGCCCGCUGAAAUGAGUGAAAAUGCCAUCAAAUCAUUCCAGCUGUGACGUGUUUUUUGACUCAAGUGGGAUUUUUUUUAAUUUUUUUUAUUUUUUCCCAUAUCGCUUCACAAAACCCAGAAAAUGUGAGCACAAAACACAACUGUAACGCCUUUCGCUAACCACGUGGCCUGACCUGAAGGUGGCUGGAUGUUGUGAAAUUUGCUGCCGCCAUCUAGUGGCGGAGUGGCUACAGUUCACUUGUUCGGAUAUGCGCCGAACACUUUGAAGUUGCAAUGAUUUGAUUUCAUUUGAAAAAUGUCUCCAUUCUUUUCCACAGGAUUGUUUUUUUUUUCAGGGACAAAGUGGGAAAGUUUAUCAAGGUGCAGAAUAAGGGAGAUGUUUGGAUGCUCUUCAGCAUUCACCCCGCGCUCAUAACGAUAUUUGUGUGUUGUCAGGUUGCUGUAUUCUCUUCUUGUUGUACAGAAGCAUUUAACAAAGUGACCCAGGCGUGAUAUUAAUAAUAAUACUGCUCAUAAUGAUAAGAGACCUAACAAGUAGUUGUAGUCAAGUCGGUGUUGGACUGUAUGAUGCCCUGGCAGGGCCACGAUGUUAUCUAAUUUGAUAUUUUUUAUUUAUUUGGGGUUUUUUUUCUUCUACUGAGUUCAGCUGCUAAAACUCGCUGGGGGCGAACGCAAACGUCCUGCUAAUUACUUAGCAAAUGAAUGUUUUUAACGACUGUUCAUCUUUUGAAUGUUGCUUAGGAACUUUAAAGCCUUCUUCUUUAAUUAAGGGGGGUCGGGGGGGGGCGCGUUCAUACAGGGUGCCACGCUUGGAGGGAACUUUUCUGGUGUGUGUGCGCGUACGUGUGUGUGUGUGUGUGUGUGUGUGUGUACUGCUCGCGUUGGCCUCGUCUGCGCAGAUCUACUAGAAUAGUGAUAGACGAUCGAUUAUUCAUGCCUGCCUUGAGUGCCCGAACACUCGAGUGCAACUUGGCAAACAAGCAUGCCACUUUCUGUACGUGUGUGCGUGUGUGUGUGUGUUAAAAGGUUUACCUGCUCGCUACACUAAAGGUUCUCAAACUGGGGUCCCAGGACCCUCAGGAGUCCGUGAGCCGGAGCUUGCGUGUCAAUAAAUGUAAAAAACAUUUAAUCAAUAAUCGGAAACUAAUCAACAGGUAUUUUUCAGAACCGAUUAAUCAUUUAGGGACCUCGUUUAACCAAAAACUGUACGACUUUUUAUCCCGACAAAUGACGUCUUAGCUCUUGUGAAGAAUACCGCUUGAAAAAAACCUCAACUUUACUUUCAUAUAAAAAGUGAAUUUGUAAUUGUAAUAUUUUGACCUUUUCUUGAAAAUCAGCCACUUCCUGUCAAAUUCCGAAGGCAACUAAUCGGUGUUCGACAUCGGUGCAUCUUGUUGACGACCACUUGUCGACCUGAUGUUCCGCGCGUCUCCAGACUUAAAACAAUCUCUAGCGCCACCUGGGGGAAGAGAACACACCCAUAAUUUGCGAGCCCUUUGUCGUCCAAGCGAUGCAUCGUUGGAUUUGUCUCCCCGAGCCCCAGACGACAAGCUCUGGAAGGGGGGGGUCCCUGGACCCAAAACGUUUGAGAACCCCUGCACUAAAGUCACAAGCUAACCUUAAACUCACAGGAAGUGAACAGGGUGGGGCUCCAUGUUGAAAACGCCCCCAAAAAAAAAACACUUGAACAGCACAGUGAAUGUGGCCUCUUGGCAUUUGUGUGUGCGCGUGAGCGAGCGAGCGAGAGAGAGCAAAUGUGAAAGUGCCUUUUUUUCAUGUUUUUGGGGUUUGGGUUUGGGUUGGAUCCACACACGCAUGUCCAGCACUCUGAAUGAAAGAAAUCCUUCAAACCUUUGCAAGAGUUCCCACGUUAACCCAUUGAGACUUUUUUGCACAUCGACCUUCUUGUGUAGGAAACUUAGGUACUCGGCAUGUAGCAUCAUCACACGUUGGUGCGUUUAGGGGGUGGGGGGGCUUCUCCGAAUGUUAAAAGAGGAAAUAUGUUCUCGUCUGUUGGUGUUGACGUGUUUGAAACGCGAGCUUCCGCCACGCAAGCUCAUAUAGCCCAAAUGGAUCGUAUUGUGUCGUAUUUAUAUUACAAAUAAAUUACAACUCACAAGUC